CGUAAUGUCAUUUAUGUUGUGUCACACUAUGAAAUUAAUGUGCAGCUAUAUAUAUUUAUGCUCUUUACUUUCUUCUUGCAUCAUUCACAAACUUAAAUUUCUCAGAGAGAUUGAAAGAUAUAUUAGAAGAUGGAGAAUGAAAUUAAGACAUUUUCUGAAUCGUAUGCAAUGAAAGGAGGAGAGGGCCUUCACAGUUAUGCUCAAAACUCAAUAGCUCAGAGAGUAGGAAUUGAAGCUGCUAAAAGCUUAAUCCAAAGGGCAAUAGCCAACAAAUUUGAUCCUAAUUCAGCUUAUUCUAGGAAACAAAUUUGCAUUGCAGACUUAGGUUGUUCCACAGGACCAAACACUUUCACUGCAGUUCAGUGCAUAAUAGAAGCACUAGAACUUCAAUAUAAAUCACAAGGUCUUGUUAUACCAGAAUUCCAAGUUUUUUUCAAUGACCAAGUUUCAAAUGAUUUCAACACACUCUUCAAAAAGAUUCCUUGCAACACAAGUUACUUUGCAGCCGGUGUUCCUGGCUCUUUCUAUGGAAGAUUGUUUCCAAAGGAGAGUCUUAAUGUAGUUCAUUCAUCUGCAUCACUAAAUUGGAUCUCUAAGGUUCCUAAAGAGAUCACAGAAAGAAGUUCUGCUGCUUGGAACAAAGGGAGAAUUCAUUAUACGAAUGCACCAAAGGAAGUUGUUGAUGCCUAUGCAAGUCAGUAUCAGAAAGAUAUUGAAACUUUCUUGCAUGCAAGAGCACAAGAGCUUGUUGGAAAUGGACUAAUGGCACUUCAAAUUCCUGUUGCAAAUGAUGUUACUUUUGGUUCUGAUUUUUACUGUGGUAAAAAUUUUGAACUUCUGGGAACUUGCCUAGUGAACAUGGCCAAGGAGGGAAAAGUGGAUGAAGAAAAAGUGGACAAUUUCAAUCUGCCUAUUUAUUUCUCAACCCUUAAGGAUCUGAUAAAAAUUAUUGAAAGCAAUGAUGAUUUCAUCAUUGACCAAAUGGAAACAACAGAUACCAAAACACAAUCUAUCCCAGUUAAUGUGGAAGCUUAUGUUUCAUUACACAGAGCUGCGCUAGAAGGACUAAUUGUGAACCAUUUUGGAGCUGGAAUUGUGGAUGAACUCUUUGAUUGUUAUGCUAAGAAAGUGAUGGAAAUUCCUGCUAUAAUGGACAUACAAAAUCUUAAUGUAGUUGGAAUUUUUGUACUUCUUAGGCGCAAGUACUAGUAUAAUAAUAAUAAUAAUAAUAAUAAUAAUAAUAAUAAUAAUAAUAAUAAUAA